AUAACACUUCGUUAUGUAACGACGUCUUUAUAAAAUAGCACAAAUAAUAACUGUUUAUAAAAUGAUGACAAAAAUAAUAUUUUCGUUUAUAUUCAUAUCGUGUAUAGUUAAAACUAACUCAGAUAAGCCAUGUGCAGUGAAGCACAUAUUAGGGGAAUCCAUAGUUUGUGUUUGCAACUCUACAUACUGUGAUGACUUUAUAAGGGAACCACCAACAGACGGCUAUAUCACGUAUAGUUCUUCAAAGGACGGGUUGCGUUUUAAAAAAGAGGUGCACAGCUUUCUAAAUGCCAGUGACAAAAAUUGUAUAAAAUGUUCCGAAAUCCACUUAGAUGUGGAUCCAUCAGUGUCAUACCAAAGGAUAGAAGGCUUCGGUGGAGCGGUCACUGACGCCGCGGGAAUUAACUGGAAGAGUCUUGAACCCGCUCUACAGUAUUAUAUGAUCAAAUCAUACUAUUCUGAAGAAGGCAUCGAGUACAAUAUGGCUAGAGUACCAAUAGGAGGAACAGACUUCUCAACCCGGAAAUACGCUUACAAUGAACUUCCGUUAGAUGACGUUAAUCUCACCAACUUCCACUUGGCUCAUGAAGACUAUAAUUACAAGAUUCCUAUGUUAUGGGCAAUUCAGAACACAUCAAACGUACCUAUACACAUAGUUAGUACCACUUGGUCACCGCCACCCUGGAUGAAAACGAACAACGCGUUUACUGGUUUUAGCCGUUUAAAGGAAAAAUACUACCAGACAUACGCUGAUUAUCAUUUCAGGUUUUUAGAAGAGUACGAGGCUGAGGGAAUACCGAUUUGGGCAAUUACUACCACUAAUGAACCAAUCAAUGGCGUUUUUAAUUUAGCGAGUUUCAACUCCCUUGGAUGGACUGUAAAUGAGUUGGGCAAAUGGAUAGUAAAUCACUUGGGCCCAACGAUUCGUAACUCGAAAUACAAAAAUGUAAAAAUUCUUACAUGUGACGACCAGCGCUUCACAAUACCAUUUUUCUUUAAUAUGAUGUUACACAAACACCCCAAAGCUUUGGACAUUAUAGAUGGAAUUGGUGUUCACUUCUACAAUGACAGGAUAACCCCAGCAUCAAUAUUCAAUUUCGUAACGAAAUAUUAUCCGGAUAAGUUUAUUCUGGCCACUGAAGCCAGUGAAGGGGCGUUUCCUUGGCAACCAAAAGUGCUUUUAGGCUCUUGGGAUCGAGCGGAAAGCUACAUUAGUGAUAUACUAGAGGACCUUAACCACAACCUGGUCGGUUGGAUCGAUUGGAACCUGUGUUUGGACUUAAUUGGAGGUCCGAAUUGGGAGCUAAACUUCGUCGACUCACCAAUAAUUGUAAAUGCUUUGCGUCAAGAAUUCUACAAACAACCAAUGUUCUAUGCAUUAGGACAAGUAUCGAAGUUUGUCCCGAGGGACUCCAUAAGGAUACAAGUGAACGAGACGAAAUCAUUCUUCCAGACUUCGGUGAAACAUGUUGGGUUUUUGACACCCAGAAAUACGACUGUGUUGAUACUUUAUAAUAGUGAAAAGGAAACGUCAAUCACAGUAAAAUGCUUAGAGAAGAUAAUGCAUCUGCACCUCCCGGCUCGCUCUAUAACGACGGUCGAAUUUCAAACCAAGAAGAAAGAAGAAAAACCAGAAGAUUUAUUCGACCAUUCGUGAUCAAUUGCACAAUAAAUAUGUCUUACUAGUUAAUCAAGAAUUACUUACUAA